UUUCCUUCUAUCAAUUCAUAAUUAUAAGUUGAAAUAUAAUAGUAAUUUUUUACCUUUUUAGCUCAUAAAGGUUAAUUUUCAAAAUGGGGUUUUUGCAAAGAGCCACCGUUCACUUUUUGCAUGCAGCAAUCGGAUCGGCUAUUGUGCUUCUCUAUCCACUGUAUGAAUCGAAGAUGGCAGUGGAGAAACCUUCAUCUCGAGAACAUCAGCAAUGGCUGACAUAUUGGGUUUUGCUUUCAUUGCUUACCCUAUUCGAGCUUUAUUUGGCCACCAUCAUUUCAUGGAUUCCACUUUGGCCUUAUAUAAAGUUGGUGUUUUGCUUGUGGCUGGUGCUGCCAAGUUUCAAGGGUGCAGCUUAUGUUUUUGAGAAUAUUGCAAUGAAGUACAUCAAGAUUGAAAAUAUUGAAGAGAAACCCGAAUUUGAUAUCAUGAAGGAGGAGAAGAAAGGAAAAGAAGAGGAUGUAAAGAAGAAGGAUGACGACAAAACCGAUGAUGGCAAAGACAAAGACGAAGACGAUGAGGAGGAUGAGGACGAGGACGAGAACGCAGGCAAAGAAAAGAAAGUCUUUCGUGCUUGGAAAUUGGUGGAUGAUUACAUUGAAAAAAAUGGAGCUGAUUCUUUAGAAAAGAUUGUCAAAGCUGGUUUACAAAGCAACUGAGGCAACACAAGCAGAAGGCGACAUGAGAGGAGGAGCAAAAAUAAUUAGAGCAUUUGCAAUAAUGUAUAUAUGCAAGAUGAUACACAUACAAAUAUGUAUAAAAUAUUGAUCUUAUAACCCCCUUAAUAUACUUUGUAAAUUCGCUAUAAAUUUCAAUCCUUUUCCUUUA